AUGGCGAUGAGAGUAGAGGGCAGGCUGUGCGAGUCUCCGAGUGAGAGAUUCAAAGGGCUAUGCUUCAUCGACACCAACUGCGCUAACGUCUGCAUAAGCGAAGGCUUCACCGGCGGCCAUUGUCGCGGUUUCCGCCGCCGUUGUUUCUGCACUAAACUCUUCGAUGACCAACUCGGUGAAAUCCACAUAGUCAAGGGAUCAAAUCGCAAUCCCGUGUUCUUUCCAUGGAAGAUAAACAAAAUAUAUCAAUUUGGUGACUCAAUCUCAGACACCGGAAAUUUGAUUAGGGAGAGUCCCAUAGGAGCUCUCUCUCCCUAUGCUAGUCUUCCUUACGGUGAAACAUUCUUCAAGAAGGCUACUGGUCGUUGUUCGGAUGGGCUUCUUAUGAUUGACUUUUUUGCAUUGUCAUUUGGUCUUCCGCUCCUAAACCCGUACAAAAACACAAAUGCAAACUUCAGUAAUGGUGUCAAUUUCGCCGUUGCCGGCUCCACGGCUCUCUCAGUCGAAGCAUUGGCGGCCAAAAACAUCCACGAUCCGGUGACGGCAAGUUCUUUGGCCGUUCAACUUGGUUGGAUGGAUUCAUACUUCAAUUCCACUUGCAAUGGCACCCAAAGUGGUUGCGCAGAGACUCGUAAAGAUUCUCUUUUCAUGGUUGGAGAGGCCGGAGGUAAUGAUAUUAAUUACGCAUUCCUUCAAGGGAAAAACAUGGAGGAAUUGAGAAGUAUGGUUCCAGAAAUUGUCCAACUCAUCAUGGUUGCCGUAAAGAAAGUCAUUAGCUAUGGUGCUACUCGAAUCAUAGUUCCUGGAAAUUUUCCAAUUGGUUGUAUUCCAAUGUAUCUCACAGGUUUUCAAACAAAUGAAUCAUCGGCGGCCUAUGAUGAACACCACUGCUUGAGGGAUUUGAACAAUUUGUCUAUAUACCACAAUGACUUAUUGAAACAAGCCAUUCAGGAUUUGCAGAAACAACAUGAUCCUCAUCAUGUUACAAUGAUCUAUGGUGAUUACUAUAACGCCUACCUUUCGCUCUUACAAUAUUCUGCAAUAUUUGGAUUUGAUGAAAGUUCAAUUCAGAAGUCUUGUUGUGGAGUGGGAGGAAAUUAUGAUUUUAACAUCCAUAAAAUGUGUGGAUUUCCUGGAGUUCCAGUGUGUUCAGAUCCAAGUAAAAUGAUUAGUUGGGAUGGUAUCCAUAUGACUCAGAAGGCUUACAGAAUUAUGACAAAUUGGCUUCUCCAUGAUAUCUUGAGUAAAAUUCAAGCCCGUAAUGCUUAAGUU